CUGACCUCAAGUGCCGGUUGCCUUGAUAUUGCCCAGCUCUGCCCAUCAGUAUGAAGCUCGACUUCCUAGCCAGGUUCGCUCUUGUUGCUCUACUUCAGCAAGCGCGGGCCUCGACCCCGCCAAGCCUGUCCACUAACACGGCCGGGGCAUUCACAUACGACAACAAGUCAUUCUUUCUCAAUGGGGAGCCAUUCACCAUAAUUGGGGGGCAGAUGGACCCUCAGCGUAUUCCUCCAGAGUACUGGAGGGACAGACUGGCAAAAGCCAGCGCCAUGGGUCUGAACACUAUCUUUAGUUACGUGUACUGGAACUUGUUGGAACCCGAACCCGGCGAGUGGCGCAGCGAUGAGCCCUCGAAUGACAUAGCAAAGUAUUUCGAAAUUGCUCAAGAGGAGGGAUUAUAUGUGGUAUUGCGUCCCGGGCCUUACAUCUGUGGUGAGAGAGAUUGGGGCGGCUUUCCCUCGUGGCUAAGCACUGUCCCCGGUCUUACCGUGAGGACGUACAACGAGCCAUAUUUGAACUACUCGACCAAGUAUUUGGAGCGUCUCGCUGCCGAUUUGAAGCACCUGCAGGUAACCAGAGGCGGACCUCUGCUGAUGGUACAGGUCGAGAACGAGUAUGGUUCUUAUGGGUCGAAUCACGAGUAUACCGAAGCUUUGAGGGAUGUCCUGCUCAAGAACUAUGAUGUUCCCUUAUACACGAACGACGGAGGCGUCGAAUUUACCCUGGUCGGGGGCAGUAUCCCCGGUGUACUCGCGGCUAUCGACGGCGACCCCUCGAGCGGCUUUGCGGCUCGCGACAAGUACAUCACAGACACAUCAAGACUGGGACCGCUCCUCGACGGCGAAUACUACACUUUAGGGCCUGACAUUUGGGGCUCGGACAACCCCCACAAUGUCGCGAAGGACAGCGAUGUUGCAAGAUUUGUGCGCGACCUGGAAUGGGUGCUAGGAGCGAACAACUCUAUUAGCUUAUAUAUGUUCCAUGGGGGCACCAACUUUGCUCUUGGAAGCGGAUCGCUAUGGAGAAACAAGACCAGUGCCUUCACAACAAGCUACGACUACGGAUCACCUCUCGACGAAAGCGGUCGGACCACAGAUUACUACUUCACGCUGAAGAACACGAUCAUGAAGUAUACAAAUCGCAGCCUGCCUGACGUGCCGAAAAAUGUGCCCCUCCUGGGCAUCCCCGAGAUUCAGCUAGCCCCCAGAAUACAACUACUGGAUACGACUGCCGCAAACACAUCUAGCGACUUUCCAGCUACGAUGGAGCAGCUUGGCCAGGACUAUGGCUUCGUGCUAUACGAGCACAAGGUUACACGGGCCAUGUCCGGUCAUUUGCAACCCGGAGAUCGUCCCAGGGAUCGAGUGAUUGUCUAUGUCAAUGAAACACGCAUUGGUGUCAUUGAUAGCAUUUACCAGUAUCCGAUGAACAUCACCUUGGACGUCAGUCCAGGUGACACGGUCUCACUCCUAGUGGAGAACCUUGGGCGAGUGGACUAUUGGUCGCUUGAAGCCUACACGUUUGAUGGGUUGAGAGAUCCAUACAAGGGCAUUGUCGGAAAUGUGACAAUCGGGAACUCCACGCUCAAGAGGUGGACAAUGAAGUCGUUCCCUUUGAGAGAUGCCCCUCUCUUGGCGUCGGACACAGAUGUUUCUUCGGCUACAGUGUCGCCAUUAUUUUACUCCGGGGUAUUUCAUGUCCCGAACUACUCCAGCCCAGCAAAGCUUGACACUUUUAUUGCAAUCCCUAAUGGCACAAAGGGCGUCGUGUGGGUGAACGGUUUCAACCUUGGGAGGUACUGGAUUAUCGGGCCUCAGCAGUCACUCUACCUCCCAGGCACUAUCCUUAAAGCCGGAGAGGAUAAUGAGAUUGUAGUACUUGAACUUGAACCGGAGCCGGACCGGCCAAUGUUUGCAAAAGGCGAGGUAGCCCGUGUGUGGGGGAAUAAUCCUGAUCCCGACUAUCUAUUAUAA